AAUCGUGGCGGCUGCAGAGUCGUCGAGGAAGUAUGUCAGCAGGUCAAGGGGGUGAGAUGGGUCCAACCGGCGUUUACGGGAACAGGGGUAUAUCUGUUGGGUGAUGCUAGUCUUUAAAGGCGUCGAAGCUCGAUGGCGAUAUUUACGCCCACCUUGGGGCUUUUGUGUGUUUUUGUGCUCGGUGCUAGGGGGGUGGAAGAGCAAGCAAAACGCGAUUGUGCACUGUACCACUACGAAUACUACGAGUGAAAAUGGAUUAUUGGCCUUUGGUGUUGCGAUCUCCUUGCUUGCUCGUAUUCUGCGCCUAGGGAGAUCAGUUUCUCGCCAUUCCCGGGUCGUGAUCUUCCCAUCGCGUGGAAUGCAUGGAAGGGAUCGUUGUUUCUUCGCUUGGAGAUAACCAAACAUCCUUGUGCCAAGGGCGGAAGAUCCGACUCCUACUUUUAUAGGUACUGAUAAAAAAUACAAUCCUCGGACCUGAAUCUAUUUUUUUUACC